UCGUCGCAAUUCUCGCCUCGCUCGAAAAACUCUCGCUUCGCUCGAAAAAUCUCUCGCUCCGACCGAAAAAUCUCUCGUUUCGUUCGAAAAAUCUCGGUUCGCUUGAAAACUUUCAUCUAUCUUGACCUCCUUUGUUCGUGCGUUACUUUUAGAAUCGCCUCUCAAGGGACUCAUUUUUUUUGUAAUCCUAGGAAUGACAAAUGAUAAGGAUUAACUUUGAUGGCCAUCAUUAAAUUUAAUGGUAACUUGCAUAAAUUACUGUCUCCUAAGUGACAGGGGCUCGCAUACCGUGGAAGCACAGGGCAACAGCAUGGAGCAUUAUAAGCUUGAGGAAAGAUUGGGCAAAGGAGCACAAGGCGCCGUAUAUCUAGUGGAGAAUAAACUAGACCACAAGAAAUUCGUGUUGAAGAAAGUUGAGUGUAACGAUGAAAGUGAAGCCAACAAAGCUUUCAAAGAGGCCAUGGCACUACAAGAACUCAAGCAUCCAAACAUCUGUGGCUACAAGGAGUUUUUUGUCACUUGGGAUAAACAGGAAUCAGCCAUGUUUGUGUGUAUUGUGAUGGAUUAUUAUAAAUUUGGGGACCUGGACAGAUGUCUCAAACAGAAACGAAAACAAAAGGAAGUAAUCGAAGAAAUGGUUUUGAAAAAGUGGAUCGGGCAGAUGGUGGAAGCUCUAAUCUUUGUGCACGAAAGGAAAGUCAUUCAUAGAGAUUUAAAGCCAAGUAAUAUCUUCCUAGCCGAAUCUGGGGCGAUAUCAAUCGGUGAUUUCGGAGUUGCUGCCAUAAUGGAUGACGUCAGAACAAGAACACGGACUACCGUAGGUACAAUGAAUUGGAUGGCCCCGGAAGUGCUUGAGAAACCAUACGACGAAAGAAGCGACGUGUGGUCUCUAGGUUGUAUCAUUCUUGAGAUGGCCACGUGUAAAAUCAUGGAUUCUGCAGAAAUGUCCUCGUGUUUAUUCCAAAUCAAAAGCAACCCAGAAACUCUGGAGGAUAUACUGAGACAGGUCAAACCGAUUUACAAGUCUGGCAAUGACCUCUGCUCUGUCAUCCGUACGAUGCUUAGACGGAACUUCCAGCAACGCCCCACUGCAAAAGAACUAUUAGAAAUGCCAUAUAUUAAAAGCUGUGUGGAACUAGCAAAAGGAACAAAUACACAAUCUUCCAAAAGUGCUGCGUCAAAAGGAGGCGACAAAAAGAAAAGUCAAAUCAAACCGGUACCAAAAGACAAGGGGAUCGCGGGAGUGUUAAAAUACAUGAAAGAAAACAAAGAACCGGAGUGCCAGGUUGAAGCUUUGAAGUUCAUAGAAACCCACACAAGAAAGCCAGAUGUAACGCUAAAUGCAGCCACAAAAAAGACUAUAGCCCUCACUAUGGCAGCCGGAAGGAGUAACAUCCAAAUCCAGAUAAAGGCGUGCAAGAUUUUUAUCAACCUUCUUCCAACAGCUGACGAGAAUGACGUCAUGUACACAGCGGAUAUCAUACGACCGAUCUUACUGGCGAUGAGGUCCCACGCUGGGUCUGCUGAACUGCAAACCGCCGCAUGUCAGCUUUUGAUGGCCUUUUCCGCUGACGAGGCCGCCGCUGAGGUUAUUGGUAAGCAAGGCGGUGUGCAGGACGUCUUGGCCGCCAUGAGGGCCUUUCCUGAUAACUCAGAGAUAAACGCCAACUGUUGUGGGGCUCUCUGGAGUUUAGCGGUGAACGAGUCCAAUUGUAAAAUCGUGACGGAGGAGCGUGGAUUGCAUGAUGUGUGUAACGCAAUGGAGAGGCACUCGGGUGUUGUGGACCUCGUAGAGGCAGCCUGCAGUGCAUUGUGGUCCCUUUCGAUGGAAGAUGACAACAUCGAGUCUAUGGCUGAUAUGGAAACGGUGGGACUUCUGAUGACAGCCAUUCAAACACACAAAAAGGAGCACAAAGUUAUCAAGAAUGCCUGUAUGGCUUUGGCAAGCAUUGUGGAAGCAGAUGAAUCAUGCGCCUACCAGCUUUUGAGUUUUGAAGACGGAACAGGAAUCCAGCUGCUUAUAAACGCAUACAAAAAUCACAAGCAAAACGAAGAAGUCGUGGAGAAUAUUUGCGUCCUGUUCUCCGAACUCGUAGAAUAUGAUGAGAUCAGAGAGACCAUGAAAUCACUCAAAGUAGCGAGUGUACUCGCAGAGGCAAAACAGCAGUUCUCCUCAAACGAGGACCUAGUCUCACCCGCUGUGAGUGCGCUAGUGAUGCUGGGAGGCGAGGGGCGAUCUGGGGGACGCAGCAACUCAGCACGAUCCAGACCACGAAGCGCGGCGAGGAAAUGAACCCUUGUUUCCGGCCACGGGUACAGCAAAAAGAAUAGACCAGCCCUUUUAACCCGACAUAGUUCGGCAAGAAAGAUAAACUAACCCUUUUAACCCGACCACAUACUUCGACCAGAAGGAUAAACCAACCCUUUUAACCCGACCACGGAGUGUGGCAAGGAAAUGAACCAACCCUCGUAACCCGACCGCGGGUACAGCAAAAAGAAUAGACCAGCCCUUUUAACCCGACCACAUAGUUCGGCAAGAAUGAUAAACCGGCCCUCUUAUCCCGACCACAUAGUUCGGCAAGAAGUAUAAACUAACCCUUUUAACCCGACCACAUACUUCGGCCAGAAGGAUAAACUAACCCUUUUAACCCGACCACAUACUUCGGCCAAAAGGAUAAACCAACCCUUCUAACCCGACCUCAUAGUUCGGCAAGAAGGAUAGGCCAGCCCUUUUAACCCGACCACGUAAUGCGUUAAGGAAAUAAACCAAACCUCUUACCCGACCACAUAGCUCUCUUAACCCGAUCAAAUAAGGCCAAGCUGUGCUAAUAAUUAUUACAUAAUUCUAGUCUGAUAUAUACAAGAUUUAAAAAGGAAAAGAAUCAUUAUUUUAAUAUUUCACCUAAUAUUAGGCUAAGGAGAUAGCCCGUGGCUAGAAAGCCUGCGUAGCAAGCAAUAGAAACCCCUUCCUACGAUAUGGGUUCGAUGGCCGAAAAGAGAAAAAAGAAGAAAAGGGACCUUCAACUGCUCGACUCCCCAGCCGCGCGCGGUUUAUUCUCUUUUUUCCAUUUCGCGUGGGCUUUCUUUGAAAGGACAGAAUACUAAUCUUUGGAGCCGUAGUUAUCUCUUUUGACUCACUGUUACUUAGUUGUUGUUUCCAAAACGUUUUCUGCUAAUCCUGCGAAACAAAAUAUUACAAACCUGAUCAUCUAGUUGCCAUGGUUAAAUGACAACACAACAUGCACCAUGUGUAAGCAGUACACCAAAAACUGGAAUUCGACUCUGCCCAAUUUUUGUCUUUAUAAGACUUCUUCAGUGUCUGCCCUGAGUCGAAUUCCAGUUUUUGGUGUAUUGUAUUCAUUGAUCUAGUACGAGAUCACGACAGUUUGGGCUUUUUGAUUCUAUCCAUGUGUAAGCAAAAUGUACUUCUAAUUUAGCCUCUAAAAAAUCCAAUGAAUGUUGCUUUGGCGACAACGCAUUUGAUUUAGAUUUUACAGCCUUAUUACAAAUAACAAAGUUAUGGAAGACGACAUGGUAUUCAUAACAGAUAUACACAUUUUACAAAACAGAUUUACAGAUGUGACACCCAAUUCAAAGACGUUUUUUUAUUUGAUACUUGACAAUGAAACGAUGACAAUUUUGUUGCUAUAGCUCGGCUUUGCUUCGUAAGAAAAAGAUGAACAUAAUAUUUGUUAUCUUAUAUCGCAACGUAAUAACACUACUUUAAUGAAGUUGUAAAUAAGUAUAAUUUUCUACAAGAUUUAAAUACACUUUUCCAGCAACUGUGCA